GAUCUGAGAAGACUUGCCGAGCUGGCAGGACUCUCAGACUGUGGAUGAAACACCACCAGUGAAAUACAGAAGGAUAUAUCCAGAGAAGGGUGGUGGCUCCCACCAAGGAAUGGAUGAACAUGGCCUGGCAGAUGACACAGUUGCUGCUUCUGGUUUCGGUGGCUACUGCGUGGGGUGCCCAGUCCAGGACUCCAGGGGCCAGGAGAGACCUGCUCAACGUCUGCAUGGAUGCCAAGCACCACAAGACAAAGCCGGGCCCUGAGGACAAGCUGCAUGACCAGUGCACUCCCUGGAGGAAGAACGCCUGCUGCUCACACAACACCAGCCAGGAGCUGCACAAGGACCCCUCCCUCUUGUAUAACUUUAACCUGGACCACUGCGGCAAGAUAGAGCCUGCCUGCAAGCGCCACUUCAUUCAGGACAACUGUCUGUACGAGUGCUCACCCAAUCUGGGGCCCUGGAUCCAGGAGGUGAACCAGAGCUGGCGCAAGGAACGCUUCCUGGACGUGCCCCUGUGCAAGGAGGACUGUCAGCAAUGGUGGGAGGACUGUCGCACGUCCUACACCUGCAAGAACAACUGGCACAAGGGCUGGGACUGGAGCUCAGGAUCGAACAAGUGUCCGGCCGGAGCCACCUGCCGCACAUUUGAGACCUACUUUCCCACGCCCGCAGCCCUGUGUGAGGGCAUCUGGAGCCACUCCUACAAACUCAGCAACUGCCGAGGGAGCGGCCGCUGCAUCCAGAUGUGGUUCGACGGCCCGGGCAACCCCAACGAGGAGGUGGCCCGGUUCUAUGCCUUGGCCAUGAGUGCGGGGGCCAUGUCCCAUGGGAUUGGGCUUCUCCUGCUCAGCCUGGUCCCUAUGCUGCACCUCUGGCUCCUCAGCUGAGUCCCUCCCACUGCUGACAUCUGGACAUCUUCCUUGACUGCACCCAGCCUAGGUGACCCAGCCUCAGCCCAGCUCAGCAAUCUCAGAUAAAGGGGCCUCCCAAUGCCCUAGUAAUU